AUGGAGACCAGUGGGGCAGAGCCCUAUAGUCAUAUUACUUGCUCUGCUUAUGGAAGAACAUUCCAGGACAAGGAACAUUACGAUAUUCCCGGUCAAUGUUCCAGGAAUGUCUGCAUGGGUGAGAACAUAUGGUCUCUGAAUCCAUGUGAUGACGUUGGAACACCUUUCGGUUGGACCUUAAUUCCUGACGAUCCGACGAUGCCAUACCCGCAGUGUUGUGCACACGCGGUUCCUCCGCAGAGCAUUUUCCAAGAAUUAGUGGACGAAAUUCAGUGGAAUGACAUCCAGGAGGAAUCUUAUGAUAGUGGAGGAGUCAAUGCGGGGCUGGGCAACAAGCAGCCUCCUACUCAAGUGAGGAGUCAACCGGAAGUGAAACUAUGCAGCGGAGCCAACAGGAUGGUACAUGCUGGUCAUGGUGGACCCUGA